CACUUACGUGCUUAGCAGCAGCAAUGGAUCUCCUUACUGUUAAGCACAUUUCAGAAUGCUUUGUUAAACCACAGUUUGUUACAGAAUCUAUGAAGGAGCCUUGUCAUUUGAUACCAUGGGAUCUUGCCAUGCUCUCUGUUCAGUAUAUUCAGAAAGGUCUUCUCUUCACCAAACCCCCAGAAGCAUAUGAUCAAGAAGACUUCAUCAAGACUCUUCUUGAUAAUCUGAAGCACUCCCUUUCUCUAACCCUGGUUCAUUUCUACCCUCUUGCUGGCAGAAUGAAGACGUUGACCACCCAAAACCCACCUUCUUGUGUGGUCUUUGUCGACUGCAAUGACAGCCCUGGUGCUAAAUUUAUUCACGCAGCUUUAGACUUGUCAAUAGCUGACAUCCUUUCACCUACUUAUGUGCCAUUGGUGGUUCAGUCUUUCUUUGACCAUGAUAGAGCAAUUAACCAUGAUGGGCACACCAGGUCUCUGCUCUCAAUUCAAGUGACAGAGUUGGUGGAUGGAAUCUUUAUAGGUUGUUCAAUCAACCAUAGCUUGGGUGAUGGCACCUCUUUCUGGAAUUUUUUCAACGCAUGGUCUGAGAUUUUUCAAGGACAAGGCAAGAUUGAUAAAUAUCCCUCAAAUUUGCCCAUAAUCAAGCGCUGGAUUCCAGAGGGUUAUGAUCCAAUCAUCAGCCUUCCUUAUUCUCAUCCUGAUGAAUUCAUCAGCAGAUUCGAAGCACCACAGCUUCUAGAGAGAGUGUUCCAUUUCUCAUCCGAAUCAAUAGCUAAAAUCAAAGCCAGGGCCAAUUCAGAGGCAAAAACCCAGAAAAUUUCCUCCUUUCAAUCCUUAUCAGCACUUCUGUGGAGGACCAUAACCCGGACACGAAAUCUGCCACAUGAUCAAUCAACCAGCUGCAGAUUAGCCACCAAUAACAGAUCAAGACUGGAUCCGCCAUUGUCGCAGUAUUAUUUUGGAAAUUGUAUUCAAACAGUGAGAGGUUUUACCACGGCUGGUGAGCUGCUUGAACAUGACCUGGGAUGGGCAGCUUGGAAGUUGCACGAGGCGGUGGUUAGCCACAGUGAUAAAGCGAUACGCGAGUGGCUUGAGGCAUGGAAGCAGAGUCCGUUUAUAUACCAGGUUGACAGGUUCUUCGAUCCAUGCAGCAUAAUGAUGGGAAGUUCGCCGAGGUUCAACAAGUAUGGCUGUGAGUUUGGGAUGGGUAAAGCGGUGGCACUUCGCAGUGGCUAUGCGCAUAAGUUUGAUGGCAAAGUUUCGGCAUAUCCGGGGCGUGAGGGCGGCGGAAGCAUUGAUUUGGAGGUGUGCCUUCCGCCAAAUUCAAUGAAAGCUCUUGAAGCUGAUCGUGAAUUCAUGGAAGCUACUUCUUGAUCCAUUUAGUUAAAAGUACUUUCCGUUUCGUAUGCUGUGAUCGUUUCAUUUUACCUUUGUUUGAAUAAGAGAUACAUGCAAUAAUAUUGUUGAAUGUUGAGUGCUACAAAUAGACAUUGAAAUGAAAUCUUUAGUUUUCAA